UGUUAUAAAUACUAGCUCCCAAAAGCGAAUCGAACGCUACUUAGUGCAGUUAUUCGUUUCGAUAGUUUUCAGGCGCCAUCAUACGAUGCAGGUUCCAGGGGAUGAACGUGAGGCACCCAGCUGGUUGAAUGAUGAGUUCUUCCUGCGAGUGAUACGAGAGUUUACCCACGAUUCCGGUGCACAGUUGUGUCAUGGGUGUAAGCUACGAGCGGGUACAAAGCCCGGUGAACAUUUCGCUAGCGUCAUGUACCGGACGACGAUCCACUAUCGAUGCCAGCCGGACAGGGAAGCAUCGCUGGACGUGAUCAUGAAGAUCAAACCGUACCAGGCUGGGCUGAAGAAGGAUGUGCUGGAAACAGGUGGAGAUCUGUUUCUGAGAGAGAUACAGAUCUACAGUAAAGUGUUGCCAGAGAUGAAGCGACGGCUUGAGGAGAUUGGUGAGACGUUCUGCUACCCUCGGCUCGUUUAUGCAGCGGACCGACCGUACACCAUUCUCGUGCUGGAAGACGUUAGUGCGCAAGGAUGGAAAACGGGAGGAUAUCUUACUUCUAUGGAGGAGGCCAUCCCGGCGAUCAAAUCGAUUGCUAAAUUUCAUGCAGCAUCCGUCAUUAUGGAGCACGAUGACUCAUCCUUCAGUACCCAGCACCGCUGUGAUGUGGCCGAAAAGUUUAAACCCCUGAACGGAAUGUUGGCGAAAAGCUUCAAGGAUCUGCUGGACUUUAUGCGAACAACGGAAGGAUUUGAACAUUUGAUCCAACCGGUGGAACGCCAGCAACGCAAAUUGCUUGACAAUCUCGUUCAAAGCUACGCUCCGUCGUCCAACUGUCUCAACGUGCUGGUUCAUGGAGAUUUCCAUUCGAAAAAUCUGCUUCACCAGCAUACACCGGACGGGCGUGUCGGUGACACGAUGCUUAUCGACUACCAAAUUUGUAGCUGGACAACACCGGCCGUCGAUCUGUACUAUCUGCUCGAUACGAUCGUCGAGCAAGGAGUUAAGGAACAGCAUCGGGAAGCAAUGAUCUAUCUGUACUACGAAGAGUUCCGGCGCCUUCUGCUCCAGCUCGGAUGGUUGGGACGUAUUACCUCCCUGCAGGAACUACACAUCGAGUUGCUACGGAAGGGUGCGAUCGAGUUGUUCCACUACGUAGCUCUGUACCCGUAUCGGUUUGUCGACCGUUCGAAGAUUGAUUUUGAAGCGAUGCUAUCGGGCAAAGCGAGCAAUCCGGCGGCCAGCAGUCCCGUGUAUCGACGUGUGAUGCGCGACGUAUUGACAAGGUUCCUUCAUCAAGGUGUGCUGGAAGCAACGACGUUCCGUUACCAGACCGGCGGUGUCGAGAAAUCGAUCAAUCUUAUCAUGAAGAUAAAGCCCGUGGCCGAAGGUAUGAAGAAGGAGCUGCUGGAUGAUGAGGAUUUUUUUGGCAAAGAAAUUCGUAUGUACACCCGGGUACUUCCCGAGAUGGCGCGACUGAUGGGAAGCAUCGGCGAGGAGUAUAAGUAUCCAAACUUAAUCUUCGCAUCCAAGACUCCCCACACGAUCAUCAUCCUGGAAGAUGUGAGUCCGCAAGGCUGGACAAUGAAGGGGUUGCUUAAAAGCUUCGAGGAUCUACAACCAACGAUCGAUGCCAUCGCGAAGUUUCAUGCCGCAUCUAUAGUAAUGCAAGCGAAUCUGGUCGAACCGGUGCUAAAGUUCCACGGAAGGAUCGACGACAGCUUACGUGCGGCAUACGCCACCUCGGAAUCCUGUGCCAAUGUGUUGAUACAUGGGGAUUUUCAUUUCAAAAACUUACUCCACCUGCUGACUGGCGAGCGAAUCGUCGAGACAAUGUUUGUGGACUAUCAGAUGUGUAGCUGGAGCUCGCAGGUGGUCGAUCUGUUCUAUCUCACGUACAUGAUACCGGAGCAAUCGGUAAAGUCCAGCCAUCGGGAUGCAAUCAUUCAUCGGUAUUAUGGGAAGUUUAGCAGUGUGCUUCGUCGGUUGAACUAUGGCGGAAAGAUUCCCUCCUUAACUGAGCUUCAUGCAGAAAUGCUACGGAACGGGGAACUUGAACUUUUCCACUACAUCGUGUUUUCCGCCUUUCGGUAUACCGAUUUGUCCAAGGUGGACUCGGAGGCGUUCUUCCUGGGGCGUAUCGAGAACCCUGCACUGCAGCUGGAAGAGUUUAAAGCGAAGAUUUUCCAAAUAAAUAUCAUUAACCACGACUGUAUGAGUAUCUCCGAUAGCCAUUCCUUACGUAGCAGCGUUGGUUUCCUAUUUAAGGUUGGCCAGUUUAGUGCAAGAGCAGAGUGCUACGAGAUGACGUAUAAUCUGGACGAGCUUCAGGCACCGGCCUGGUUGAACGAUGAGUUCUUCUGCAAUGUGAUGCGUGAAUCGAAUAAUGAUCCAACGAUCGAGCUUACGGGUGCGUGUGUUUUGCGACCAGGUACGAACAAAGGUGACCAUUACGCAAGUGUCAUGUUCCGCACGACUGUGAAGUAUCGAUCCAGCUGUACGAAGGGAGAAGAAACGUUAAAAAUCAUCAUGAAAACGAAACCGGAAGCAGACGGCCUUAAGAAGGAGCUGCUUGAAGAUGACGGACUGUUUGCGAUCGAAGUUGACAUGUACAGCCGGACACUACCGGAGAUGGCACGAAUGUUGAAGGAAAUUGGAGAGGAGUACAAGUAUCCGCGAUACAUCUACGGUACGCUGAAACCACGCCCAAUAAUCAUUCUGGAGGACAUCAGUGAUCAGGGAUGGGCAAUGGGAGACAUGAUCGACACACUGGACGGCAUGAAGCCGAUAGUAAGAAAUGUGGCGCUGCUUCAUGCCGCAUCGGUCAUGAUAGAAAGCUCGGAUCCUACAUUCGCCGCCAAGUAUCGCCAUUCGAUGGCUAACAAAUUCAUAGGCCUCGAGGGUCUGAUCAGGAAGGGGUUCGGUGACUUGAUGCAGCUAACGGCGUCCUACCCGGAGUUUGCUCACUUUGCCAAACCGUUGAUGAAGUAUCAAGAAACGUUACCGCAAUUUUUCGACUCCCUUUUCAAACAAUCCAAAACGUACCAGAAUGUGCUCAUCCACGGCGAUUGUCAUGUUAAGAAUCUUAUGCACAAAACUGAUUCUGCUGGAAGGAUUACCGAUACAUUACUGCUCGACUAUCAGAUCUGCUGCUGGACAUCACCAGCGAUCGAUCUGUACUACCUGCUCGACUUGAUACCGACGCAAGAGGUUAAGGAUAAGCAUCGUUCGGAGUUGAUAUAUUCAUACUACCAACAGUACAGUGAUCUGUUGAAGCGGUUAGGGUUCAAGGGAAAGAUACCGUCCCUGUUAGAUUUGCAGCUAGAGCUUCUCCGAUACGCGGGACUUGAACUGUUCCACUAUGCUGUCUUCAUUUCGUUUCGCUACACGGACACAACGUUGAUCGAUAUCGAGGCAUUGCUUAAAGGAGAGAUUCAGCAUGCUGUCACGGAAAAUCCAGAGUAUAGGAAGCUUAUACACACGGAGCUGACGCGAUUCCUUCACCAGGGAAAUUUAUGAACACAUGGUUCAUUUGGCUUGCUUUACCAACAGUCCCUGGAGUGUUUCAGGACAUUUACUUAAGUUAGCGAAAAUAAACAACACUUGG